AAAAAAAAAUGACGAUGAGAAGGGCGAUCUUGGUGUUCACAAUUGUCUCGGCCUUGCUAGUGUCACAAUGUGUAUUCGCGAAUACCGAAAACAACGACAAGAACGAUAACAAUGUCGAGGCGAAAUCUCCGGCGCCAUCGGACAAUUCGAUCUUACCGGACCCGGAGAAAUGUUUUGAAGAUCUCAAGGGAGUUCCCGGAUGCGAAGAGGCCAUCAAAACUCUGAGUUUCAAGGAUAUGACGAAAGGCUGUUGCUCACUAGUCUUUGGCGUUGCCGAACACUGCUUGGGUAUCUUCUUCCCCGAUCAAUUCAUCGUUAGACUUGCCCUAAAGAUUGCCUGCAAAAUAAUGUAGAAUCUUCAUCUAUUUCACUCUUUUUAUUGUUCAAAAUUUGGUACGAAUAAGAUUGUUCCCUAUGUAAACUUGAAAUAAUAUGUCCAAGAUAAUAAUGUUUCAUUGUGUUUUCGCGUUCUUCUUUUUA